AAUUAUAAGGUUCAAAAUAAAGACUCAUUAGAUGUCAAAGAAGAAAAAGUGACAGAAACAAAAAAUAAAACUAUAAUAGAGAAUGUUGAGGAAAUGAUCAAAGUGGAGUACUUUACAGAAGAUAAAAAUUUGUUUGAUAUUUUUAAUCAAAUUGCUAAAGGAAAACAAGCAAUUUCAAUUAAUCAAAGUUUUGUUGAUGUUGGAAUUUAUGCAAAUGAGAUUGGGAAGCGUUUUGAAUUUUUGGAGAGUUUAAAGAAGAAUUAUAUUAAAGUUUUUGAAAUUUAUUUUGUAAAUUUCAAAAAAUUUAAAAGAAUGGAAAAUUAUUGGGAGAAUAUUAAAGAAAAAUUAAUUUCAAAAAAUGAAGAUGAAAUAAAUAGAAAAGUUGAAAAUGAUUUGUAUUAUUUUUUAAUUAAAUUACUAAAAGUGAUAGAUGGAAGGCUUUUAUUAAAUAUAGAAACGUCUGGAAAAAUCAAAGAAAAUUUGUAUUUGGAAAAGAUUUCGAAAUAUUUUGUUGAACAUAUUAAGGUUAAUUGGAGUGUAUUAACUGCCAAUCAGAGACAAUUUGUUCAAGAAAUAUUUAAAUUAAAAGAAAAGGAGAUUCUAGAUGAAUUGGCAUUUAAAAUAGAAAAAAGAAUUAAGGAGCUAAAACAAAUUAAUGAACAAUUGGAUAUAGGUUUGUGUUUUAGAGAAACGGCAUAG